UGCGGUACAAGGCAGCCUUGUACGUUGUACUGUGGGGAUCGCGCCUGAUUGCUCAUUAGGGCGUCUGUGUGCGCUGGUGGCCGGCCCGGGAGCUCCCUCUGUGUAGCCACAGGAGUGUGAGGAGGGAAUGCAGCGGGAAUAUGCCUGGCUGUCACACGCCUGCUGGCCCAUGGACAGGUUACCUGGCUGGGGGAGUGAGGAAUACCUGUCACUGCUGUCCUGGUGUACCUGCUGCUGAGAUGUUACCUAAGCGUACACAUGCAUCUUCUGACGCUAUGUUUUUCCCCAGGUGAUGAGCUGACGCUGCUAUGGAGAAGCUGGGUAUGAAUUUUGGCGGUGGCCCUAGUAAAAAAGAACUGCAAGAUUUAGUGGAAACUCAGCGGAAGCAGCUGCUGCAAUAUCAGGCUCGGUUGAAGGAUGUUGUGCGGGCAUACAAAAGUCUGCUGAAAGAAAAGGAGGCCUUGGAGGCUAGUCUUUGUGUCCUGUCCACUUCUCAGGAGCCCAGAGCCCUUUCCUCCGAUGUUGAGGAACCGCAUGAUGAUCAGCAUUCCACACACAGUGAAGACAGUGUAGAUACUGUGGGAAGUCUGCCCAGUGCCCGGGGUGGAGAGACCAGUGAGGAUGAAAGACCAGAACCUCUGCAGAAUCUUGGUGGAACAGGAGCGGAAGAGGCUAGUGGUUCAGAAAGUGGGGUCAGCACGGCCAGCGGGGAUGGUGGCCCUGCUACACUAGCCGAUACUGACAGAAGAAUGGUGCAGCUAAAAAACCAGCUUGCUACUCUAACCAGUGCUUUGGCCACAGUUACACAAGAGAAGUCACGCAUGGAAGCCUCCUACCAAGCAGACAAGAGAAAGGCCAAGCAGGAGAUGGAGGAAAUGGUGCAGGGAAUGGAGGAAGAACGUAAUUGCUUAAGGGAGGAUAUACGGGGACUACAAGCUCAGCUGGCUGAGACCAAGGCCAAACUGGUUAACCAGCAGCAUGACCGUGCGCAAGAGCAGACUGACCAUGCAGUAAUGCUGAGGGAGCUGCAGCGUCUUGUACAAGGAGAGCGAGACCAAAGGCAAGAGGCAGAGCUUCACUUGGAAGAGGUCAGGCAAGAGUUUGCAGGGAGGUCUAAUCUUACAGUUAGGGCAGAAGCAGCAGAAGAACAAAGCAAAAGGUUACGUAAGGAGAUUGAGGAGUUGAGAAAGGAGCUUGAGGAGUCAAAGCGACAAAGAACAGAACCUAACCUUGCAGUUCUGGAGCUGCAAGAAGAGCUUUGUGGUGUAAAGAGAGAUCUGGAAACCCUGCUACAGGAGGAGAGGAGAAAGAGGCUGGAGGAAGAGCAGCAUAAUAUACAGAGGUUGCUGCAAGAGGAGGAAAGAAUCCGCUCUCUGGAAUCUCAGGUGUCUGAGAUGUCUGAACUUUUGGGAGCAGCGGAAACAUCCAAACAGAGGGACCAUAUUACUAUUCGGAAAAUGCGAGAGCGCCUAAUGCAGCUGGAAACUGAGAACAAAACAAUUGCUAUGGCAACCUCUAUGAAUCCCCCUCCUGAAACCCUUCUCAGUAAGUCGCCUAUGGGUGAGGACAUUGAAGAUGGACCAGAACGUGGAUCAGUUCUCUUUUAUCAGCAGGAGCUCCAGCAGUUAAGAGAGGAGUUUGAGCGUUACAAAUCACGAGCACAGGGAGUUUUAAGGGUAAAAGGGGCCAGGGAAGGAGAGCUUGAGGCCGGAAAGCAGAAGAUAGCAGAGCUGAAAGAGAAGUACAUCUCCCUGAGAUUAUCAGCCGAGGAGGCAGAAAACAAGCACAGAGCAGAGAUGGAGACAGCCCGCAAGGAGCUUGCACUGGUGGCACAGGCCCAUAGACAGGAGCUUGAACAAGUGCGGAAAGAAAGCAGAGAAAAUAUGGCACGAAUGGAGGAAGAAUUGAGAAAUCACAGGGAGCGUGUGUUAGCUGUGCUGACGGAGAGAGAGCAAGAGCUGGAGAGGUUGAGAGAAAUCAAGAUUCCAACUAGCAUUCCACCCCCAUUACCAGAUCCAUUAGACAAUGGUUUAGAGCUUCCACAGAACAACGCUUCUGCUUUCCUUGUAUAUAUAGAACAGCUGUCUCGCAAAGAAGCAGAGAUUGGCAGCCUACGGCGCAGAAAGCAUGAACUGGAGGCAGAAGUGCAAAGUAUGCAGGAACGAUUAACAGAGAAAAGUGAGGAAAUGCAUAGUUUGCAUGAGCAAGUUCAGAAAGCACUACGGGACAGAAGCAGGGAGGGGGCUAACAUGGAAUAUCUGAAAAAUGUUUUGCUGGGCUUCUUGACCAUGCCAGAUCCCUGUGGAAGGCAACACACAUUAAGUGCACUUCUGGCAGUCUUGCACUUCUCACCUGAGGAAAGAAAUGCAGCUUUGAGAGCACAGGAUGGGAAUAGGUGGUGGGUAGGAGGGAAGAGGUGAUGAGUAGUUCAGACUUUAAGAUAGGCAGAUGUAUUAAAACAAUAAAUGGACAAGAUUCCUGGAAGCAUACACAUUUUAACAAGUUAUGUAGUGUUUUAUUUGAACUGUGGAUCAGAAAUACAGAUCCCCAGAUGGCAGAAAUGGUUGUUGGUGUAUAUUUUGGGAACAGAUGACAUGGGCAUGAACUGUAUGUAAGUGGACAUAUUUUGCCCCUCUGUGCCAUGCCUACAAAACACAGAGGCUAUGCGAUGUAAUAUUGGUUUACACAAGUUGCAUUACAAGACUCUGCCUGCUACAUCUAGGUCUGACAACAAUACUGUGUUUUUUUUGUGGUUAGUAGAAUAUUAACAUUUAGGUUGUGUGCAAAUGUCUAGAAUACUAUGACAUGGUGAGAGGUUGGGCAGUUCUAACAAACCUGCUAGAACACGAUUAAGGGCAUGAUGGCAGAAAGGCAGUGUUAUGUAAUAUUUGCUCUGUGAUAGUGGAUGAGUUCUGUGAUCCUUUUUAUAUAAAAAAAAAAUAAUAAUUCUUUUUCAUCCACUAGGGGUCACUGGAGUACUCUUGGGAUAUAGACUGUUAGCAAGGACAGGCACUGAAUAUUUAAAUUUCAGUAACUCUCCUCCCUUCCAUACUCCCAGAAUACCUCAGUGUUUUUUCGGUGCUCACAUGGAUAGGAAGCACAAGUGUGGACCUCCAGAGGGGGACAUACAUAUUUUACUUUUAGAUAUUUUGGUUUUUAUUUUUUUAUACUUUUUUCUGUUUAGAAUCCCUUCCCGGCUUACACGAAAGCUAUGGGUCCGGGAUUACAGAAGCUGCUGCGUGCAGCUCUUGGCGUGUCGGGCCUCACAAUAGGAGUCCCCUCACAGCCACAAGCAGCUCAGCUAACUUCAGCUGAGGCUGCAGAAAGGACUGGACACGGAGCUUGCUGCAGAAGCCCCGUCAGAGCCCAAGAGCACAGGUCAGCUACCUUCAACUGAGACUACAGAACGGAGCUUGCUAAAGAAGCCCCGUCUGAGCACAGGAUCACAGGUAUUUAUGACUGGGGCGGUCAGCUCUCGCUGCCGCCCCGCCGGGUGGGGGGAUUGCUAUGCGCGUUGCCUCACUCUCAGGUCCCGCUGCUCCGCUCCCCGCCACCGCUGAUAAAGCUCCCCGCGCCGCUCCCCUACUCCCGGCCGCCGCUCAGAGGGACGCGCUGAACGGCCGCUACAAGCGCCGUUGUCAGCGCUCCCUGCCUGUUGUACACAAUCAGACCGCGGACAGCAUUCAGUGCUGCCGCGGUCUGUCCCUGUAACGGCCGGAGGCUCAGUCACUUAGGGGAAAGAAGCUGCCGGCGUCUCUGCUCACUCAGACCGCGGACAGCGUUCACUGCUGCCGCAGUCUGUCUCUGUAACGGCCGGCAGCUCAGUGUAACAGUCGCUGCCAGCGCUCCCUGCACACGAUAAGGGGGGAAGCAGGGGGGGGGGGGAAGAUGCCGCCGCCUCUGAUCACUCAGACCGCGGACAGUGCACACUGCUGCCUCGGUCUGUCCCUAUAAAACAGCCCUCUAGUAGCUAGUGGGCUCAUGCUGGGCAGCCAGGAGUUUUCCCUGUCCCUAUUACAUGCAGCGCAGCUGCAGGGGGGGGGGGAGCGAUUAUGCCAAAGCAGCAGCAAUAGACAGCCUCUGCUAAACAAAAGGAUGCAUUGUGUUAUAUAUGCACAAGCACUUAUUAUACCAUAGAAAAUGUAUAUAAAAUGGUCACGUAAUGAAAUAUGCUCUAUGUUCUUUGACUAUAAGCACAUGGCUGGAGGCCAUUUUAAUCAUACUUUCUGUUUCUUUUCCAGAACGCUCCUGUCCUACAACACUGCUCCACCGGAUGGCGCAGGGGUGUUGGUAGGAAUUUUUGGAUCAGGUUUCUUAUAGUCUGCCCAUGUGCACAGCACUUUGUCCAUAUAUAUUUUAGUAAUUUUACUGAGGUGGAAUUUGUCUGGUUACAUGAUGAGUAAGUCACCAGCAAAAAACGAAACAGUAGUUUCACUGCAAUGUCUGUAAGGGUGGGUUCCCGGAGAGUUCUACCACAUGCACCGUAUAUUUUAUACUCCCAUUUCAUCUCCGAUUUUGCAAAGAUUGUUAUCAUUUGCCUUUAUAAAUUCCCAGUUUCUGCUAUGUUGCAGUCCUGACGAUUCUAUGCCAGGCCUACCUGCGCAAGAUGAAUAUGAGAAGGGUGCAUAGACCAGCAGUCACAUAGUGUGGGUGCGUCAGUCUCUGACGUUUACAGAGACUGAGGAAACUCUGACAAAUUAUAAGGGGUCUUUCCUAGAACAUCUCCAGUGUGUCUUAUUUUUUUCUCGGAAUCUCUAAAUAAGAUGUUAAUAUAGAAUCCUGAUACACAGGUUUCUAAACCUCGCCGAUUUAAGUCUAGUUACCCGUUUCCAGAGUCAGUGACAUCUCUCCAUGGGAGCUAUGCUAAAGUCGAUGUAUUCAGCAGCAGCGGUGUUGCUUCGACCGCGUUUGGUUGGCAUUUGGGUAACUACGGCACUGCUUGUAUGGAUAACAGGACUCCGGUCCGCCCUACAAGACGACCACCUUAUACUUCUGAUUAUCUACGUACAGCUUCUACGGACGUCUGACUAGUCAGUUCUCGCCUUUCAGCGUCACUAGUUGCGGCACGACAAGCGCUCUGACUGCGUCCUUGGCAGGCGGAGGCAAAGGUCGAGAGAAGAAUAGAAGCAUUACCUUACGCGGAAGUUGUUUGGUCCUGAAUUGGACAAAUGGAUUUUCAGAUAUACUCUGGACCAGCGUUCAAAUCCUUUAGACCUCCGCCUUUUCGAGGCCGUGGUAGACGACCAACCCCACCUGGUGGACGAGGCAGAGGAUGUGGUUUUAAACAAACCACCACCCGUCGUCAAAACGCUAAGGUCACCGACAAGCCAGUGGCAUGAUGGCCUUCCAGUCCAUCUCGGAUCUCCAGUUGUGGGGGCACGCCUUCAUACGUUCCAUUUGGUGUGGUUCCAGACGUCCACGGAUGGGUGGAUCCGCAAUUUAGUGUUAAAAGGUUACACAAUAGAGUUCGACUGUCUCCCAUCACUGUGGUUUUUCAAGACAGGACUGCCUGUGUCGGAAGAUAAGAAGGCGAUUCUCCACAUUGCCAUUCAGUCUCUGCUGGAUUCAGCAGUUUUGAUUUAGGUCCCUGUUCACCAACAAAGUCAGGGUUAUUGUUCCAGUCUUUUUGUAGGACCAAAGCCCGAUGGCUCGGUCAGACCAAUAUUGAACUUCAAGGGUCUCAAUCAGUACGUCACUUACUACAGAUUCAAGAUGGAAUCCCUGCGGUCCAUAAUUGCAGGUUUAGAGCCACAGGAAUUCAUGAUAGCGCUGGAUCUCAAGAAUGCGUACUUACACAUUCCAAUUUGGCCACCGCAUCAGAGGUUCUUAAGGUUUGCGGUACGGCAAACCCAUUACCAAUUUCAGGCGCUACCGUUUGGCUUCUCGUCAGCGCCUCGGUUAUUCACAAAAGUGAUGUCUGUGAUGAUAGCUCAUCUCAGAUCCCUGGGAGUGAUAAUAGUUCCGUACUUGGACGAUCUGCUCAUCAAAGCUCCGUCUCAACAGAGGCUCCUCCAACAUGCGUUGCUAACGUACAAUGUACUAGUUCAGCAGGGUUAGAUUGUCAACUUCAAGAGAUCACAUCUACUUCCGUCUCAAUACGGUAAAUCAAAGCGUACAGAUUAUUCGUCAUCUGGUACACUUAGUGCUCAAGCCACGCACAGAAAAAGGUACAUUUGUGCAUUCGCCUAUUAGGCACAAUGGUGGCGGCUUUCGAAGCGCUUCAGUUCGGAAGAUUUCACUCACGCCCUUUUCAACUGGAUGUGCUCGCACAGUGGUCGGGCUCGCAUCUGCAGAUUCACCACAGGGUGAGGUUGUCGCCACGGCCCAGAGUAUCUCUACUUUGGGGUUCAAAGUACACAAUCUAACCGCAGGAAAACGGUUCGGCGCCUGGAAUUGGAUGAUUCUAACGACGGAUGCGAGUCUCAGAGGUUGGGGAGCUAUAGUUCAAAAUUGUCAGCUCCAGGGUCUCUGGGCGGAUCACGAAAGUUUGCUGUCUAUAAAUGUCCUGGAACUCCGGGCAAUUUACAAUGCGCUACAAUAAGCAGUGCACAUGCUUCGGUCUCAUACUGUCCAGGUGCAGUCAGACAAUGCGACGGCGCUCGCGUACACAAGGAGGAACGAGAAGCCGAAUGGCCAUGCGGGAAGUAGCUCGAAUCCUCAAUUGGGCCGAGCAUCACCAAGUGAUAUUGUCGCCAGUGUUUAUUCCGGGAGUGGACAACUGGGAGGCGGAUUAUCUCAGCCGUCUGGAUUUUUAUCCAGGAGAAUGGGUGUUAAAUCCAGAAGUGUUUCACAUGUUGGUCCGAAGGUGGGGUUACCCUCAAGGGGACCUGCUGGCAUCUCGCCACAAUCAUCAAACGCCCCAGUAUGUGUCCAGAACGAGAGAUCCAAAGGCAGUGGCGGUGGAUGCUCUCACAAUCGCGUGGCCGUACAGCCUCGUGUACCUGUUUCCACCGUUUCCGCUGCUCCCGCUGUUGCUAAAAUGGAUCAAAAGAGAGUCCGCCACAGUCAUACUAGUGGCGCCUCAUUGGCCUCGGAGAGCUUGGUUCUCGGAUCUCCGCGGUCUACUCGCAGACGAUCCUUGGCCGCUCCCACUACGUCCGGACCUGUUACAACAGGGUCCGUUCCUUUACCCCGAUUUAGUGCGGCUGCGUUUGAUGGGGUGGCUGUUGAGACCGCCCUCUUAAGAAGAGAGGGCAUUCCAGAAUCUGUUAUACCAACCAUGAUUACGUGCUAGGAAGCCAGUUACGGCAGCUCAUUAUUACAGAAUUUGAUGUGCCUAUAUAGGUUGGUGUGAAGCUCGGAAGUUUCCGACAUCAUCUUUCAAGUUAUCCCGUCUUUUGUUAUUUCUACAGACGGGGUUAGAUGGAGGACUGCGUUUAUCUACACUAAAGGUGCAGGUAUCUGCUUUGUCAAUUUACUUUCAAAGACGAUUGGCUCUGUUGCCGUCUGUUCACACCUUUCUGCAAGGUGUCCUCACAGUACAGCCUCCAUUCAUUCCACCUACAGCGCCAUGGGACUUGAAUCUGGUUUUAGAUUUCUUACAGUCUUCAUAUUUUGAACCCUUACAACAAGUGGAUAUUAAGUUUCUCACUUAGAAAACAAUGUUUCUACUAGCCUUUGCUUCGGCAAGGCGUGUUUCAGAUUUGGGUGCUUUGUCAUGCAAGCCACCGUAUUUGGUGUUUCAUGAUGACAGAGCGGAACUUCGGACGAAUCCCGAUAUCUUACCAAAGGUAGUGUCAUCUUUUCACAUCAAUUAACCAAUAGUAGUUCCUGUGUUAACAGGAAAUUCUAGAACUUUGGAUGUGGUACGCGCAUUACGCGUUUAUGUAUCCCGAACGUCUACAGUUCGUAAGACGGAUACGUUGUUUGUUCUCUAUGAUGCUGCCAAGAUGGGUUGGCCAGCUUCUAAGCAGACCUUAUCCAGAUGGAUAAAACUGACCAUACGUCAGGCUUACCUUCAUGCUAGGUUACAGCCGCCUAUAUCAGUAACAGCUCAUUCCAUACGUUCUGUGGGAACUUCAUGGGCAGCUGGUUGUGGGGCUUCUACGACGCAGCUUUGCCGUGCAGCUACAUGGUCAUCAGUGCACCCGUUUGUGUGCUUUUACAAGUUUGAUACGGUUGCGGCAUCAGCAUGUAGCUUUGGCCGUUUAGUGUUACAGGUGCCAAAUAGCUCUCCCGCCCACGGGGGAAACUUUGGUACGUCCCAAGAGUACUCCAGUGACCCCUAGUGGAUGAAAAAGAAAAUAGGAUUUUGGUACUUACCAGGUAAAUCCUUUUCUUUUAAUCCAUAGGGGGUACUGGACGCCCACCCAGAGCAGUUUUACCUGGUUUGUGGUAAGUUCAGGGGAUCUUAUGGUAACACACUCUCACCGACUGGUUCAAAUUAUCAAGUUCUAUCGGUUAUGGUGUCAACUGUUUAGUUGUCAGUUACGUUAUGUGUCAACUUUAUUGUUGUCUGUUAUGUUAUAGGUAAUUCUCCAUUGUUCAUCCUCUCUAUCGCUCCUGUUCGCCGCAGGAAAAAACACUGAGGUAUUCUGGGAGUAUGGAAGGGAGGAGAGUUACUGAAAUUUAAAUAUUCAGUGCCUGUCCUUGCUAACACCGUCCAUAUCCCAAGAGUACUCCAGUGCCCCCUAUGGAUUCAAAGAAAAGGAUUUACCUGGUAAGUACCAAAAUCCUAUUUUCUGCAUUCGCAAAGAAACUAAUGUAUGGAAAGAGACGAAAAUUAAUAUAAUUUGCUUUCUAAAAAAAAAUAAACAUGCUAAGGAAAGCUGGUUUGCACCACACACAUUCACAACUCUUGAAACACAGUAUUAGGGAGAGCCCAACAUGUCUGCAAUGUAUGUAAAUAUAAUAAAAUAUUAUCUGAUUUUUACAAUUA